ACUACCUACAAAGCCCUCUAACGAACUUUUCUGCUCUUAAGGAAGAAUCUAGAAGCCUAGAAGUUCAUUCGCCAUGAAGCAGUACAAGGAUCCGCCGGCCGAGAUCUUCCACCGCGCGCACCCGGCGCACGACCUCAAGCUGGUGCCCGGCGGCGGCGCCACGUUCAUGUGUGACGGCUGCAAGGAGCCCGGCGAGGGGGCCCCGGUACGCGUGCGGCUGCGGGGGCGUCAGCUUCGAUCUCCACCUGCCCUGCGCCCUCGCCGACGAGGACGACGCUCUGCGGCACCCCCUGUUCCCCGGCCGCGAUUUCUUCUUCGUCCCCGAGCCCCCGCGCCCCCGGUGGACCAGACGAUCUGCGACGCCUGCGGCGAGCCCGCGCGCGGGUUCGUCUACCACUGCUUCGAGGCCGACCUGGACCUCCACCCCUGCUGCGCGUGCCUGCCGGGCCGCCUCCUCCAGGACGGCCGCGUCUUCGAGCUCCGCCGGAAGGCGUCCUCGUCGUCGCGGCCGUGCGGUCUGUGCGGCGACCGGCGCCGCGGCUUCUGGGCGUACCGCUCCUACUUCGACGGAGAGGCCGUGGACCUGCACGUGGCGUGCAUGAAGGACAUGGCUCGCCUAAGCUGGGAGGCGGCGCGCAUGAACCGGGUCGGCGGCGGCCACCAGAUCGUCCAGGCGAGCCUGCCCAACAUGGAUCGUACGCUGCAGAGCUUGCGCAGGGACAGGCGGAAGAGGAAUGGGUUCGACAGGUUCAUCGGGAUCGUUUGCACCGUGGCGAGCAUCAUCAUUGCAGUCAUCUUCGGCAACCCCGUGGCGAUGAUAGCCGCCAUUGCAGGGCCUGGCGGUUUUCUUCGGGGUUAAUUAGUUUUUUGUUAGGGAUUGAUGGAGUUGCUAAUAAAACAUCUAGGAACACAAAAGGGUUAAUUUUUUGUUACCUUUUUUGUGAGUUACUUGAUGUAUUCAGCAGGGGUCUUUUGUAUUUCAUUCAUUUGAAGAAGAUCUAUUCAUGAAUAUUUAUAGUGUAGCCUUUGUUAUUCAACCACUAUUGAGUUGUAAAUUAAAUUUCAUACUCAUCUUAUUUUUCUGUGUUUUAAUUGUA